UCGUCAGGGCCAGGGCGGCGCCCGGCCUGUCUAUAAAGCGUCGUGACGCCGCGACGACGACUUCACUCCCAUCCCCCGUUCUGUCUACUCUGCUUUUGUCAGCGUGUUACGCGUCGUCGGCAGCGAAACAAGGUGGCGAGGUUCGAAUCGCGUGUUACUCCCACCGAUAUACCUAUGGCGACCAUGAGCAACGGCAACGGAUCAACGAUGCAGGUUAACACUCGACCUGAUGACAUCCAAAGGCGAAUCAUUGGAUCGGAGGACAGUACACAGGGAGACGCAACAGCGUGCGGGAAUAUUCUCGUUAUAUUGUCAUGGAUUAUCGUAAUUUUGACGAUGCCGUUUUCUCUCUUUGUUUGUUUUAAGGUCGUGCAGGAAUACGAGAGAGCUGUCAUAUUUCGAUUGGGACGUCUUUUAUCGGGCGGUGCCAAAGGCCCUGGAAUCUUUUUUAUUCUGCCAUGCGUGGACAAUUACGCGCGCGUUGAUCUACGAACGCGAACAUAUGAUGUACCUCCGCAAGAGGUAUUGACAAAAGACAGCGUUACAGUAUCCGUCGACGCAGUGGUUUACUAUCGCGUUAAUAACGCGACAAUUUCGAUUGCGAAUGUGGAAAACGCACAUCAUAGCACGAGAUUACUGGCCCAAACAACCCUGAGGAAUACUAUGGGGACGCGACCACUUCAUGAAAUAUUGAGCGAACGUGAAACAAUCUCUGGAAAUAUGCAGGUUUCUCUAGACGAAGCUACUGAUACAUGGGGAAUAAAAGUAGAACGAGUCGAAAUCAAAGACGUACGUCUACCUGUUCAACUACAGCGAGCCAUGGCGGCAGAAGCCGAAGCUGCACGUGAAGCACGAGCUAAAGUGAUUGCUGCGGAAGGUGAACAAAAGGCUAGCAGGGCUUUAAGAGAGGCAUCGGAGGUUAUUGGCGAUUCUCCUGCUGCUUUGCAGCUCCGUUAUUUGCAGACACUGAACACGAUAUCGGCGGAGAAGAAUUCUACCAUUGUGUUUCCGCUACCGAUUGAUAUGCUGACUUAUUUCAUGAAAGCUUUACCGAAGGAAUAAUUGCGCAAAAGAAUGUCGCGUUUACGAGAUAUAAUAAUAGACAAAAAAGGAAGGGCGAUUUUCUUUAAACUCUCUAAGAAAUAAGGAGUUUUGUUUGACGAUCUGUCCAUGUAUGUAUUUAAUAAGCUUGCAUAUUAUAUAUCUUAACGAUGGAGAGUUGCCAUUAUUUGACCAAUUUGACAAUUUCAAAUUUAACAGAAUGUAAUCGUAAAGAGUGAUUAUUGCGCAGUUAGUACUUGUAACUUGUAUUGUGUAUAAUUUUAUCGCACAAGAUCAAUUCGAAGAAUUCUAUACAGUAUAGACUGUAAAAAAACAUAUUUUUGGAAAAUCUUACAAAGUUACUUUACACAUUUUUGUAAAACGUAUAUAAACGUUUGUUCAUAGCACGGAUAUAAAACGUAAUUGAACGUCAUCGAUAUUUGCGUAUUUUUUCGAUUUUACGUAUGUUUCCCAAUUUUGACACGGCAAUAAUUCCACUUGCGUUAAAUAUAUGUAUAUUUGUAGUUAACAGUCAAAUGGAAAAAAUAUACACAGAUUAACAAUCCGUUCACAAAUCUCGCACUGCCACUAACAUCAAAUUAUACUUGUACAACUGCGAUUAAUUUUGCGAUAUAAUUAAUUGAUCGGUCGAUUACUAUAAACAAAAUUUAUUUCGCACAAUAAUUAAUCGAUAAAUGUUAAGAAGCAGUUAUUUUUAUCUUGCUAAUUUUAUAAAAGACACACAUAUGCACAUGACAAUAUUGAAUUAUAUUAUCAGAAUUGAUUAACACAAUCAACAAUUCUUUAAACUUUGCCUAUUUCACCUAGGGCAUUAAAUCAUAUUUCGUCAAGUUUAAAUCAAGAGAUAUAAUUCAACAUAUUCUUCGAUAACUUAAGGAAUUACUGUAUUUAACGUAUUCUUCGAUAACUUAAGGAAUACCUGUACUUUAGAGGCCUGUGAUGAUUAUUUGAUCCAACAUUGGCAACUCUCACUAGAUAUUUCUACAUAUACAUACAUUAUUGUUUACACGAUUAUAUAUUUACUAAUAUAUAUUUGGAUAUAUGAUGUCUCUCUUGUUUGGAAAAAAGACCAAAAAAUCGGAUUAUAUGAUCUCGGAGAGAAUAAACAGUAUUAUUGAGAGAGAUGAAA